AUGGCAAGCAUUCCUCAAGCUAAAACCCUAUUUGAACAAGUUGAUACAAAUCGAGAUGGAAUUAUUGAUAAAAAUGAGUUUCGUAAUUCGACUUCAAAUGCUGAAGAAUUGAAUUCUUUAUCAUACGAAUCAACAACUAGUCGACUUAAUCUUUAUGAUAAUAGUAGUAGUCAAUUGGAUCGGCAUAACGAUAAAGUUAGUUCUCAAGAGAGUUUGGAAUAUACGGCUGAUAAAUAUGCUUCAUAUGGAACUACAGCAGUAGCUAGUGAGUUGAUUAAUGAUAUGGUGAUUCAUACAAGCAGCGUAGAAGAAACAAAUCAAUAUCUGAAAAAAUCAGGUAAUAGUAUUUAUAAGGAUCCUAAUCCAAUAAUUAUUCGACGAGCAACCACUGAAAAGCCAGUAGCACUAGAACAACGAGUUCUUGUUCGAUAUCUUCAACCACCAGCUGUUCCACCACCAGGACCACUCAUUAUUAAAGAAGUGCGUCCACGACAACCAUCGCCACUUCCACCACUUGUCAUACACGAACGUGCGCCGUCUCUUCCUUCACCACCUCCACUUAUCUUACGUGAACGGCCGCCAACACCACCGCCACAUGUUCCUAGUGAAACAAUUAUUCAUACCUUACCUGAUAUACUUGUUCCGCCUCGAUCAGUUGUUAUCGAACGUUAUCCAUCUCUUCCAGAAAAACCACGCGAUAUCAUAAUUGAACGAUGGAUUCCAUACGAACCUCAACAUGAAUACCGUACAAUUGUUGUGCACGCUUCUCCUGAUAUAAAAUAUUCACAAUCAUCUAAUACUAUUAUAAUUUAUUCUGCUGAUGAAACACUUAAUGUCCGAAAAUUUGAAAAACUUGACGUUACUCAAGAAGAUCCUACUGCUUAUGUAGUUCGUUAUGGGUCAUCACUUUUAGAUCCAGCAACACUUGUUCAACAAACAUGCAACGCUGAUGUUAUUGAAGAUAUGUCAUCUCUGGUAUCAUCAUCUUCAAUAUAUACAACUACAGGUGAAAAUACUGUUAAUUUUGACCAGUCAAAUGAAAUAAUCCAUCAAGAUUUAUCAUUAUCGGGUAGAACUCGUAGUGAAGAAAUUCCAAUAGAUGCUGGUACCAACGAUAUUAAUCUUGUUAAUACAAGGUAUUCAUUUUCAGUGCCAAACUUGAUUAGUGAUAGUGCUUCAGUUGACGGUGUUAGUGUCACUCGCCGUGAGUUUAAUGACGGUGAUGCUAGUAUUACCACUACUCAUACUAAUCGUGUUGGAAAAUUAAAUCAAAUAGAAUUUGAACAAUAUAAUUAA